GAAUCGCGCACGCUUCCCUGACUCAUCCAAUCCACGCACACCAACCCCCAUUCUCGGCCGCCACUCGCCGCUCCGGCAAGUCUCCAGAGAUACGCGUGCGGUGCGACGGCGGUAUGGACGCACUCCCGGAUGGCGUCGUGCAGCACAUACUCUCGCAGCUCAGCAACGCCCGUGACGUGGCCGCCUGCGCCGCCGUCGCCCGCUGCUGGCGCGACUGCAUGCCCUUCCUUCCGUCGCUCUAUUUCCCGCGUGGCGCCUUUGAGUCCGUCGGCGUCGGACCGGCGUCAGCCGUGGCCGCGGCCGACGAUGUCAUCGGUCGGAUGGUCGAUGCCGCCGCGCGCCUCGAGGAGCUCGUAGUGUACUGCCCCUUCUCCGCGUCCCUGCUCCCGCACUGGCUCGCGGCGCGGGCCGCCACGCUGCGCGUGCUCGAGCUGCGCGUGGAAUCCGCCGCCGACGACAAGUCGGGCCACCUGGACUCCAUCGGGGUGGCCACGAGCCUCGAGGAGCUCAGGCUGUGGGCGCUCAGGAUGACGCGCGCGCCCGCGUGGGGCCAGAUGGAGCGGCUCCGCGUGCUGGAGGUCGUCGGCGCCGUGCUGGAAGACGCCGCGGUCAACGGCGCCGUCGCCGCCUGUCCCAAUCUCACCGAUCUCGCGCUGCUCGGGUGCGAGUGCGCCGGAGAGGCAGUCAUCUCGCUCGCCCAUCUCGAGCGGUGCCGGCUCGAUUUCGUCGGCUCCGGCAACACUUCUCUCAGGUUUGCCGCGCCGCGCGUCUCGUCCCUUGAGGUCCAGGGCUUCUCAUUGAUCUAUCUGCAAGGUGGCAACCGUCUCAAACAUCUCACAAUCUCCAAGAACACUGGUAGUGUGUAUCAUGUGGAGAUGGGGAAGCUCCCGGAGUUGGACCAUCUCUCGCUGCGCGGCGUCCAGUGGAGCUGGGGCGCCAUCAGCUCGGUGCUGCAGUGCGCUGGCGAGGUGAAGCACCUGGUGAUGAAGGUUGAGUUCUGUGGUGAUUAUGACACGCUGCAGCCAUUCCCGGAGCUCGACCUCGUGGAAUUCUUCAACAGCCACCCGAAGCUUCACAAGUUCGAGAUCCACGGCGCCAUGUUCGCGGCGCUGUGUCAGAAGAACAGCCUGAAGAAGUUGGAUUCAAGGUUCGUGAUUCCUUUCUUGGAGCACGUGCUGGUCACCGUGCGGUCACCCCUGAAUGCUGAGCAGAAGCUGGACACCCUCGAGUCCCUUGUCAGGUACAGCGUGAGGCUAAGAAGGAUGGUCAUUAGGAUCUCGCAGAUGAAGAAUUGCCACGGUGCCGCUGAUGAUUUUUUUGCGGAGAUUUGCAAGUUCGCUUACAUGAACAGUGGGAGAGUGUGCAUAGAGUAGAGGUGUUGCUGCAUUUGCCAUUCUUGAAUGAGUUAGCACUAAAUCAAGGCAGUUUUUUUUACCCAAUGCCGUUUACUUGUGGCAGUUUAUUGGAUAAUUUAUAGUUUGUUUUGUUGU